AUGGCCGCCGACAUCCCAGGACAACCUCGAGACCUCCCCAUCCUCCUAACCAAAGAAGCCGUGACGGGAGGCACCUACAUCGUCACGGGCGCAAACACCGGACUAGGUUUCGAAGCCGCCAAACAUCUCGUGCGUCUCGGUGCAGCCAAGGUAAUCCUCGCAGUGCGCCGUCCCGCCAACGGCGAAACAGCCCGUGCGGAAAUCGACGCUGCCACGGCGACCUCGGGGGUUGCAGAAGUCUGGGCUCUCGACCUGAGCAGGUACGACUCCGUCAAAGCAUUUGCUGCGCGGGUCGAGAAUGAGCUCGAUCGGGUCGAUGCUGUGAUUGAGAACGCGGCCGUUGCGACUGGACAGAGGAUUCUGGCCGAGGGCCAUAUCUUGCCUCUUACCGUGAAUGUGUUCGGUACUUUCUUGUUAGCCAUGUUGUUGCUGCCAAAGUUGAAGGAGAGUGCGGAGAAGUUUGGGAUACUCCCACGGUUGUCGUUGAUUACAUCUGGUUCGGCGUUUGAUGUCCGUGACCAGUGGGAAGCGAUUCGGGAUGAUCCGUACAAUAAGCUCGAAGCGGUUGGGGCGGAGAAGUUGAUGGUUUCAUAUCCGAUUUCCAAGCUCAUGGAUACUCUGAUAACCCGGGAACUUGCCUCGUUACUCCCCGUUGAGAAAGGCAAAGUGGUGAUCAAUGCAAGCUGUCCGGGUCUUUGUAUCACUGAGCUUGACCGUAACAUGACCGGUACUUUCAGGGAAGAACUGGGCAAACUGCGUGAAGAGUCUGGACGAACCGCCGAGGAGGGUAGUAGGACGCUUCUUGCUGGUGUUGCCCUGGGUAAGGAGAGCCACGGGCGUUACCUGACACAUUGCGAGAUCAACGAUGAGAGACUCCCCGAGUGGAUGACCGAUGCGGAGGCGCAGAAGGAUCAGAGGCGCCUGUGGGACCUCCUCGUCAAGGAACUGGAGACUGCUGCUCCAGGAUGUGUGCAGAAGGCUUUGGAAAUGCAGUAG